AUGCCGGGUGAGCAGUUUCCCUCGGAGACGCCCGUGCCGACGCCGACGCCGGGCCAGGGCCCCCCGACCUACUCGGGAUCCGACAAGGAUGACGGAGGUAGUGGACUGAGUGCCGGGGCCAUUGCCGGCAUUGCUAUCGGUGGCGCAGCUGUGUUGAUCUUGGGGGCAACGCUGCUGUAUCUGUGCGGGAGGAGGGGUGGAUUCGAUAAGGCUUAUCGCAAGUCCAUACUGGCUCCUACGGCUGCUGCUGCUGCUGCCAGAAGCGGUGGCGGCGGUGGUGACGGCGCGGCAGGCGCUGCCAGACCCAGGUCGCCGAGCAUGGUUGAGGCGAACUACGCUAACGGGCCUGCUGCCAUCGGCGGUGGCGCUGACGGGCUUGGUCUCGGCCACAACCCCAACAGUCCCGGGCAGGCGACCGUCUCGACUUUUUCGGGACACGAUGUGCGGAGCUCGAUAUAUGCUGGCGCCGGCGGCUAUCCGUACAUCGGGACGACACCGUCGCCUCCGCCGCCCGGAGCAGGCACGCUGCCUCCGUAUGGCUUUGCCGUGGUCGGGCAGCCGCCGCAUGGACAUCCGGCCUAUGCCGGCGGGAUUUAUCCGCCGCCGCAUUCGUCGCCCAGAGCGGAGCAGAAGACGCCUUUCCUCCAUGAGCCGGCGCCGGUCGAGCUGCCCUCCGGGGAGCCUCCGGUACCGACAAAGCCCCUGCCGCCUGGGUACAAGUCUAGCCAGCACCCAUGA